UGUACAUGAAGAUCUAAAAGGAAACUCUACCAAAGAAAAAUGAAUAAAAUUCUAGUCAUUGUUAUAUUUACUUUAGCAAAUAGUUACACAUAUGAAGCGUAUGAGCAAUUGGAAUCGUAUAAUGAUGUUGAAAUUACAACGAUUUUAGAUAAGAGAAAUAUAAAAGAUAGAAUAGAAUUAAAUAAAGAUUUAGAAAAAAAUAAUCAAGAUGAAGAAGACCCUUUAAUAUAUGAUAAUGAAUUUCAAGAUAGACUAGUCUCCGAUAGAUUUAAAAGAGCAGUCAACGAAGAUAAGAAAGAUACAAACGUAGAGCUAGAAGAUGCUAUAGAAAAAGAAAAUGACACAGAAGUGUGCGUUGGUGCCGUUGAAUAUUGUAACUUAUCAAGAGCGGAAUACAUUUCAAUGUUGAAUGACUACAUCUAUCCUCGAACCUACGAAUGGAUGUUGAUAGCCACGCACACAGCUGUAUUCAUCAUCGGAUUGGUUGGGAAUUCGUUAGUGUGUGUGGCCGUGUAUAGAAACCACUCGAUGAGGACAGUGACUAAUUAUUUCCUUGUGAAUUUAGCUGUAGCUGAUUUCAUGGUGAUUCUGUUUUGUUUGCCAGCUACGGUUUUAUGGGAUGUGACGGAGACUUGGUUUUUGGGCGAUGCGCUGUGCAAAAUACUGCUUUAUUUUCAGUCAGUAUCGGUGACAGUGUCAGUGCUGACGCUGACGUUCAUCUCAGUGGACCGCUGGUACGCGAUCUGCUUCCCGCUCAAAUUCAAAUCCACCAUCAAUCGAGCCAAGACCGCCAUUCUUGUAAUAUGGACCCUAUCUCUAUUAUUCAAUACACCAGAACUGGUGGUAUUAACCACUGUGAAGGUGGUACCACUCCGAUUCAACCUGGAAUACCUGGUGCAAUGCACAGCUACCUGGUCUACCACUAGUGACUUCGUGUGGCAUAUUAUAAAAGUUGUUUUUAUUUACACGAUUCCCCUGCUAUUGAUGACAGUCGCGUAUCAUCAAAUAGUCAGGGUGUUAUGGAGAUCACAUAAGAUUCCUGGGCAAGCGGAGACCAUCAAACUGGCUUCGGCUGAAGAAACCCAACUCCGCUCACGAAGGAAAGCUGCCAAGAUGUUAGUGGCCGUGGUCGUCAUGUUCGCUGUUUGUUACUUCCCUGUGCAUUUGCUGUCAGCACUCAGAUACAUUCUUGACAUGAAGCAAAAUGAAGUCCUGACCUGCCUGGCCCUACUCUCCCACGUGAUGUGCUACGCGAAUUCUGCUAUCAACCCGCUUAUAUAUAAUUUUAUGAGCGGUAAAUACCGUCGCGAAUUCCGUCGUGCGUUCUGCUGUUCCACAACUACGAACACAGAGACGCAGACCACUCUCACCAGACUCACAUCCAAGAAGACCAUCGACACUCGCUGUCAGCACGUGUGCAGUCAGCGGCAGUAUAGAACUAUGUGUACCAACUGUCUGGUUCGACAUAGCUGUAGGAGCGGGUAUAUGACGUAAGAGUAUAUAACAAUACAUUCUUACGUCAUAAAAAAAAAUGUGUGCGUGUACUAGCGUACACACGUAAAAAG